UGUUCAAUCGAGAAAAUGGAUUUGUUACUAUAUGGUCUUGAGGUUUUUAGUUUUGUUUAUAGUAUCUACUGAAAUUAUCUCUAUGAUCUGUUGACAGUAGAUAGAUAUAUAAAAUAUUAUUAAUAUAUUUUUUAAAUAUUACUCCGUAAUAUAGGAAAAUAAUUAAAAGUUACGUGUAUAAUCGCUUCUAUCGCGAUAUUAAAAUUAAACGAUAAAACGUAAAAAUGAGUUUCUUUACCAAAGUAUUUGGUGGUAAAAAGGAGCCAGUUGCUCCUUCAACGGCCGAGGCAAUUCAAAAAUUACGUGAAACGGAGGAUAUGCUAAUUAAAAAACAAGACUUUCUUGAAAGUAAAAUAGAACUUGAAAUUCAAACUGCAAAAAAAAAUGGAACCAAGAACAAGAGAGCGGCUAUCCAAGCUCUUAAAAGAAAAAAACGUUAUGAAAAGCAACUACAACAAAUUGAUGGUACUUUGUCGACGAUUGAAAUGCAAAGAGAAGCUCUAGAAAGUGCUAAUACAAAUACAGCAGUUCUUACUACUAUGAAAGGGGCAGCAGAUUCAUUGAAAGCUGCUCAUCAACACAUGGAUGUUGACCAAGUUCAUGAUAUGAUGGAUGAUAUUGCUGAACAACAAGAUGUUGCUCGAGAAAUUUCUGAUGCAAUAUCUAAUCCUGUAGCAUUUGGUCAGGACAUAGAUGAAGAAGAACUUGAAAAAGAACUAGAAGAACUUGAACAGGAACAACUUGAUAAAGAAUUACUUGGUAUCGAAUCUACAGAUGAGUUACCAGCAGUACCUGCUACGACUGUUCCAGCUGUUCCAUCUGUUCCUGCAAGAACUCGUACAAGUAAUGAUUCAAAUGGCAAUAAAAAAGCUAAACCAGAGGAAGAUGAAGAUUUAAAAGAAUUAGAAGCAUGGGCAUCGUAAUUAAGUUGAAUUUCUAAAAAAAAUAUUACCAAUUAUUAAUCUGUACAUUGGUGAUUUUACAGAGUAAUAGCUUCAACAUUUAAUAUCAAUAUCUUGUAUCAAUUAAUUUGAAAUUCCUAAAUAUAGUAUUUUAUUUUUUAUGCACAGUUGUUAGAAAGGAGAAACAAAGAACAAAAAUCUGUCAAAAUCAAUUUGCGACUGUUGAUUCAUAACUUGUAAUUAUAAUAUCGAAGCAGAACGUACUUUAUUGAAUUUCUUAUGGUUUUUCUUUUUUAAGAGAAAGUAAAUAUUUACAAAUGAAUAAUACAUUCAAUAAAUGCUAUAACUAUCUUUAUUAGAAUAAACAGAUAUGUGCUUUAUACAAAAAUUAUAUAUCGAACUAUUAUUACAGUACCAAACUAAUAUACAAAAAAUCUUAUCAUUAUGAUAUCUCAUUCUUUUGUAUAUAAGUAAUAAUUUAAAUAACAGUUUUAAAAGAAUGCUUACAGCAUUAAAAUUGUUUGUAAUAAAUAGGAUUUUAAUUAUUAUAUAAAAUAAUAUAUAAAUAAAUUUAACGAAUACAAUUAAUUGAAAAACUGCAAAUAUAUAAUUUAUAUAAUUGAAAUUGCAAUUUUUUGUAAAUUUAUAAUUUCACAAGUUCAUAGGCACUACAGAAUAAUACACGGGAAAUAACGUGUAAUAUGAAUUUAUGAAUUUUUAUUGCUUCAAAGACCAAAAAUUUGGUAUAAUUCUUUUCAAGUAUGUCCCAUUCUUUGCACAGUUUAUAUAUUUGUAAAUAAAUGUUACUAAAAUAAAUACUUGAAAGUAGUAUAGUGCAAAUUAUAUGCUAUAAGCUGUUAAUUUUACAAUAGCUAACAAAAAGACUAUGGAUAAGAAAUAAGAUCAAGAAACUGAAAUUAAUAUGUAACUUCUUUUUUCCUUUUUUCUAUCCACAAUCAUCUUUGACUUAUGAGAUCUUAAUAUAUUUUCUCAUGUUUUUAUAUAUGAAAUAUAUAAUGACAAAACGCAGUAUUUUUAUCGUGAUAUAUCGCUUUGAUAAGAUGUAACUGGAGUAGGAAUAUAUUUUUUAUUGAGUUUACUGUUUAAGGCAGGAAUUGGUAAAGGGUGAAUAUGGGGUUUUGCAGAAAAUCUACACCCAGCAAUAUCUAUUUCAUAAUGUGAUGUUGGUUCCAUUAUAAAAUCCGUAGUAACAACAUUCGUGUUGUUUUGAAGAUAUUUCAUACCAGGUAAACUAAUAAAACCAAGACAUAUAAGUUUUUCUGUAGCAAACCCAUAUCUAUAAAAAUGCAUUUGUUAUUAAUAAAAUAAUUAUAAGUAAAAUAUAGAAAAAUCUUUAUUGUACGAAUA